AGACGCAGAGAGACCAAGUGACCCCCCCUCGGUCACAGGCUGGGAGGACCCAGAUCAGGACGUAGAGAGAACCCCGACUCUGGGCCUGCGUCCUGCCACGGAGUCACGCUGCCUCCCUUCCUAGGAGAGAAGGCUUCCUGCAAGAUGGAGGUGGACGCGGAGGAGAAGCGGCAUCGCACGCGGUCCAAAGGGGUUCGAGUUCCCGUGGAGCCAGCCAUCCAGGAGCUGUUCAGCUGUCCCACCCCUGGCUGUGACGGCAGUGGCCACGUCAGCGGAAAAUAUGCAAGACACAGAAGCGUAUACGGCUGCCCCUUGGCCAAGAAAAGGAAAACGCAGGACAAACAGCCCCAGGAACCCGCUCCCAAGCGAAAACCGUUCGCAGUGAAAGCGGACAGCUCGUCGGCGGAGGACUGCUAUGACAGCGACGGCUCGGAGGACGGGGACGAGAAGGAGGAGGACGAGGAGGACGAGGACUCGGAAGACGAGGAGGACGAGGAGGCCGAGCGGGAGGAGGAGGAGGAGGAGGUGGAGGACGAGGACGAGGACGAGGACGGCGAGGAGGUGGAGGACGAGGACGAGGACGAGGACGACGAGGACGAGGACGAGGACGAGGAGAACGAAGGCCGCCAGCUGAACUGCCACAACCCUCGCCUGAUGCAGGACACGGAGAAGGACGACAACAACAACGACGAGUACGACAACUACGACGAGCUGGUGGCCAAGUCCCUGCUGAACCUGGGCAAGAUCGCCGAGGACGCCGCCUUCCGCGCCCGCACCGAGUCCGAGAUGAACAGCAGCACCUCCCACAGCCUGGAGGACGACAGCGACAAGAACGAGCCCCUGGGCCGCAAGGCCGAGCUGAGCCUGGACCUGGACAGCGACGUGGUCAGGGAGACGGUGGACUCGCUGAAGCUGCUGGCGCAGGGCCACGGCGUGGUGCUGGGGGACGGCGCGGGCGACCGGGGCUAUGCAGACGCGGGGCCGCCCGACGGCCGGGGCCUGAACUACGUGAUGCUGGGCAAGGCGGCCAACAACGGGCUGGCGGAGAAGCUGGCGGAGGAGAGCGACGAGGAGGUGUGUCUGAGCAGCCUGGAGUGUCUGCGCAACCAGUGCUUCGACCUGGCCCGCAAGCUGAGCGAGGGCAGCCCGCAGGAGCGCGCCCCGCAGCCCAGCGCCGGCCUCCGCCCGCACGGCCGCCCCGACGACGACUUCGCGGGCAGGACGCCCGACCGGAACUACUCCGACAUGGUGAACCUGAUGCGGCUGGAGGAGCAGCUGAGCCCCAGGGCCAGAACGUUCUCCAGCUGCGCCAAGGAGGACGGCUGCCAGGAGCGGGACGAGGACACCGCCUCGGUGGCCUCGGACCGGUCGGAGGAGGUCUUCGACAUGACCAAGGGCAACCUGACCCUCCUGGAGAAGGCCAUCGCCCUGGAGACGGAGCGGGCCAAGGCCAUGAGGGAGAAGAUGGCCCUGGAGGCGGGACGGCGGGACAGUCUGAGGUCCUACGAGGACCCGUCGCCAAGGCCGCUCCCCGGGGAGGAGAGGAAGGCUAAGUCCGGCGACAGCCAUGUCAAAAAGCCAUACUAUGAUCCCUCGAGAGCAGAAAAGAAAGAGAGCAAGUGCCCCACCCCAGGGUGCGAUGGAACUGGCCACGUAACCGGGCUUUAUCCGCAUCACCGCAGUUUGUCCGGAUGCCCGCACAAAGAUAGGGUCCCUCCAGAAAUUCUUGCCAUGCAUGAAAAUGUGCUCAAGUGUCCUACUCCGGGCUGCACAGGGCGAGGGCAUGUAAAUAGCAACAGGAACUCGCACAGAAGCCUCUCUGGAUGCCCCAUUGCUGCAGCGGAGAAACUGGCAAAGGCCCAGGAAAAACACCAGAGCUGUGACGUGUCCAAGGCCAGCCAAGCCUCAGACCGGGUGCUCAGGCCCAUGUGCUUUGUAAAGCAGCUCGAGAUCCCACACUACGGCUACAGAAACAACGUCCCCACCACCACGCCUCGCUCCAACCUGGCCAAAGAGCUGGAGAAAUAUUCCAAGACAUCCUUUGAGUACAACAGUUACGACAGCCAUACGUACGGCAAGCGGGCCAUAGCCCCCAAGGUGCAAACCAGGGAAAUAUCCCCCAAAGGAUUUGAUGCGAAGCGGUACUGCAAGGACGCCAGCCCCAGCAGCAGCACCACCAGCACCUACGCACCCAGUAGCAGCAGCAACCUGAGCUGCGGCGGCGGCAGCAGCGCCAGCAGCACGUGCAGCAAGAGCAGCUUCGACUACACGCACGACAUGGAGGCUGCGCACAUGGCGGCCACGGCCAUCCUCAACCUGUCCACGCGCUGCCGCGAGAUGCCGCAGAACCUGUCCACCAAGCCUCAGGACUUGUGCUCGGCGCGGAACCCUGACAUGGAGGUGGACGAGAACGGGACCCUGGACCUGAGCAUGAACAAGCAGCGGCCGCGAGAGGGCUGCUGCCCCAUCCUGACGCCCCUGGAGCCCAUGUCCCCCCAGCAGCAGGCGGUGAUGAGCAGCCGGUGUUUCCAGCUGAGCGAAGGGGACUGCUGGGACUUGCCCGUAGACUACACCAAAAUGAAGCCUCGGAGGAUAGACGAGGACGAGUCCAAAGAGAUUGCUCCCGAAGACUUGGAUCCCUUCCAGGAAGCGCUGGAAGAAAGACGGUAUCCGGGGGAGGUGACCAUCCCGAGCCCCAAACCCAAGUACCCCCAGUGCAAGGAGGGCAAAAAGGACUUAAUAACUCUGUCGGGCUGCCCACUGGCGGACAAAAGCAUUCGAAGUAUGCUGGCCACCAGCUCACAAGAACUCAAGUGCCCCACCCCUGGCUGCGACGGCUCCGGGCACAUCACCGGCAACUACGCUUCGCACCGGAGCCUUUCAGGUUGCCCGAGAGCCAAGAAGAGUGGCAUCAGGAUAGCACAGAGCAAGGAGGACAAGGAGGACCAGGAGCCCAUCAGGUGCCCCGUCCCCGGGUGUGACGGCCAGGGCCACAUAACAGGGAAGUACGCCUCCCACCGCAGUGCGUCCGGGUGUCCCUUGGCGGCCAAGAGGCAGAAGGACGGGUACCUCAAUGGCUCCCAGUUCUCCUGGAAGUCGGUCAAGACAGAGGGCAUGUCAUGUCCCACGCCGGGGUGCGACGGCUCCGGGCACGUCAGCGGCAGCUUCCUGACGCAUCGCAGCUUGUCGGGUUGUCCGCGGGCCACCUCGGCCAUGAAGAAGGCGAAGCUGUCCGGAGAGCAGAUGCUGACCAUCCGGCAGCGGGCCAGCAACGGCAUAGAAAACGACGAGGAGAUCAAGCAGCUGGACGAGGAGAUCAAGGAGCUGAACGAGUCCAACUCCCAGAUGGAGGCCGACAUGCUCAAGCUCAGGACUCAGAUCACCACCAUGGAGUCCAGCCUGAAGACCAUCGAGGAGGAGAACAAGGUGAUCGAGCAGCAGAACGAGUCCCUUCUGCACGAGCUGGCCAACCUCAGCCAGUCCCUCAUCCACAGUCUGGCCAACAUCCAGCUGCCACACAUGGAGGAUGGUGUAUGGUGGGGGCAGUAAAUGAGGUUUUUUGCAUUCCAAGGAAAUGGCAUAUGGAUUAACUGUAAGAAAUGAGCUAAGUAAUUUAUUGUAAGACAACAUCAAGCCAUGGAAACUUGGCGGAAGACUCAAAGCAGCUUAAACAGCACUUUUAACUUAACUCCUGAGCAUUCCGUGGUGUGACUGUGGGACCUUCAGUUAAGACAGGGGCUCCUUGAGGCGGAUGACCCGGAGCCGUCCUCGGGCGCGCUCCGUCCGCUUUGGAACAAGCUUCUCUUACCUCCCGGGAGUCCCGGGCCCUCUGAAGUGUCCGUCGCCGCCCCGUGCGAUGACCGCUCAGAAUCUCUGUGUUUUCGUUUCCUCUCAAAGAUCAUUUCAGACUAUUCAUGUCUCCUUUCCACCUGCAAGAGUACCCCCUGGUGUGGUGGUGGGCAUCUUCCCGUGGGGGCCGGAGCGGACGCCGUGCGCGUCUGGAGGUCCUGGGCCGGAGGGGCGGCUGGCUUGGCGGGGAGAGCAGCUCCGGGCCGCGCCGCCACCCCCGCCCACGCCCCAGGUGGGUGUCGCAUAAAGCCCAGGUCCCCUUCAGAGCCGGGACCAGCGCGUGGCGCCUUCUCGUCCGCUGGAGGCCCGUGGACCGCGCGCACGGGCGCGGCCCGGUCCGAGGGUCACGACCCGCUCUGGGACGGACGCGGCCAGAGCGUGAGCCUCCCUCGAUGCACGUCAGCACGUGUCGGCUUUACACUAGAUCAUCCUAGAUGGUUCCCGCCGCGGAGACGGUCCCACCCUGGCGUCUGCCCUGCGUGCUGCCCGAGACCACUUUCCACGGCCACGCGCCCCGCCUCGUCCCCGGGGCGCCGAGUCGUGUGUUCCGAUGGCCGCUGGCUUGGUCGCGUGUCCCCAGCACCCUCCCUUCCAUGUCUUGAUGUUAUGCAGGAAAGUGCUAAAGUACUUUAACAUUUUGUUAUGAAAAAAAAAAAAAAGAUGGGUUUUGUAAAAAUAAAAAAAAAAUAUUUUUAGCAGAACAGGACUACAGGGUCGUUGUCCCCACCGCGUGCCAGUCGACGAUUUGCACUUCCCUGUCCUCUCUCUGCGCACGGAGCUGUGCCACCCCCGCGUCAGUGGCCUCGUGCCCCUGGCUGGCGGAGUCCGAGGAGGCCUCCCGGUGCUGGGUGCGGCUGCGGGGGCGACAGGGGCCUCACGGCAAGGACUGACACCACCUCAACCUCGGUGUAGACAUACGUGUACACACAGACGCACGCCCAGCAGCACUUUAUACUGCUCACUGUACAAGCGCCCGCAGGCUUCCGGGGGACGUUCGCACGGACCGGCUGGGAGAAGAUUCUGCAACUGCUCGGGGCGCUGCCGCCCCGCCCCGCCCCGCCCGGAGAGCCCGCUCUCUGUCGCGCGAGGAGGCGUAGCUGCCAUGCUCAGAAUUGCCUUUUCGAGAGCUGAAGCAAGGUGCUCCUGUCACCGAUGCCAUAUAGAUACCGUCCGGGGCCCCCGCCUCCGGGCAGGGCCCCCCUGUUCAUAUCGGCACAUGCAUCUCCCCGCCCCGUGGUGUCUGCCGCUUCUUUGCCAAGAUAGUGAUGCUUUUCGUAGUGUAAUAGGUAGUAUGAGUUUGGGAUUCUUCUUGUUCUCACCUAUGUCAAUGGAAAGGGGUUUUAAGCACAAAUCUGCUGCUCAUCCAACGUUGGUACAUUGUAUCAAAUCAGAAGUUAUCUGUGACUAUUAUAUAAGGAAUCACAAAAGUGUCACAUAUUAGAAUGUUGACCUUUCAUAUGGAAUUAUCGUGAGUCAUCAGAGUUUAUUUAUUAUAACUGAUUGUUCAUAUUCAUUUCUAAGUUAAGUUAAGUAAUCAUUUAUGAAGACGGAAUUUUGUAUAAAUAUUUAUCGUGCUCUCUGUGGAACUGAAGUUUGAUUUAUUUUUGUACUACACGGCAUGGGUUUGUUGACACUUUAAUUUUGCUAUAAAUGUGUGGAAUCACAAGUUGCAGUGAUAUUCAUUUUUAAAUUGUGAACUUUGUACAAACUUUGUCAUGCUGGAUGUUAACACAUCUUACUCGAAAUAAAAAGGUGUUGCCACAUCUGUAGCCCGAGGGCUCCCU